AUGGACCAGAGCGAGGCACGAACGGCUCCUCUCGUGCAGCCAGAUCAUGGCCACCAUGUGGGAUGGAAGUCGGCCGGCAUCAUUCUCUUCACGUUUGCAGCGCCCUCUGCAGUGAUGGCCGUGCCCUUUGCCAUUGCGAAUGCCGGCUACGCCGGCGGCAUGAUUCUGUGCAUCAUCCUUACAUGGGCCUCGGUUGCUGGAGCUAACAUGCUCCUGGAGAUGAAGCUGCUGUACCCGCACUGCGAGACUUUGGGAGAUCUUGGCAAGGAAGUUAUUGGCAGGUGGACACAGAUUUGGGGCAAUGUGAUUCAGCUCGGGAACUUCUGUCUUUUCAUGCCGUGUGCUCUUUCAUUCGUCGCCCAAUCCUUGUACUCCAUCGGCACUCUUGGUCCUCUGGGCGACUGCAUUGAUUACUACGUUUGGGUCGUUGCGGGCAUCUGCUUGCUGUCUACGCAGGUCCGGAGCUUCGACAACGUUAAUGUCUUUACCACGAUUGCUUUUCUUUGCUCCAUCGGCAUGGUCGUUACCAUGGUGGUGGGUGCCUUCCAGUAUGAGCACACGCCCAGAAUCCCGGCACAAUGGUUUGGUAACCCAGAGCCUGAUCCAGGCUUGCGGCUCAUACGGCUUGCCAGUGGCUUUACUAUCAAUGCUUGGGCCUUCAUUCCCGCUUUCCUCACCGUCGAACUCAGCACUUGCAUGCCAAACCCGGUGGACUUCAAAAAGUCUCUGCUGCUGGCCGGCGGCCUCAACGUGGUACUCUUCGUGAUCGUUGGCAGUAUCGUGGUGGUCCGCUGGGGUUACAACGUCGGUGAAGUCAUCGCAAUCACCGCGGGUGUAGGUGCUUUCGUCCCAGGGAAUGUGAUCAAUACGCUCUUCAACGCCUUCCAGCUGGGCGGCAACUUCGUGUGUUACAUGCUGGACUCAGUUCCACUCGCUCGGUUCUGCCAAGAGACUUGGGCUCCGAACUUCAAGGACACCUGGACAAUGCCAGAUAUCCUGAGAUACUUGGGCUACACCUUGCCCACCUUCUUUGUGGCACUCCUCCUGAGCACCUUCGCUCCCAGCAUCGACACACUCGUGGACUUCGUCACUGCUCUAACUAUUCCUUGGGUGACACAGAUCUACCCCGCAGUCCUCUAUUGGAAAUUCCUCCAUGGUCGAGCGGCAGACAAUAUUGAGUGUGGAUUGGAAGACCCCAUCAAGAAGUCAGAGAAGAUCACCGUCGCCCUAGUGUUCACUGUCGGGUGCAUCAGCUUCUGCGCCUGCAUGCUGAAAGCUGUCGGAUACCUUGCCCUUGAUGAGCUCCGGCCGUCGUUUCAGAUUGGAUGCAACAACUGGCUGAUUUGGAAAUGGUCCGGCAACUAA